GAUGCAACAAGGUUUCAGACCAGAAACUGCUGCAGCCUCAGCAUCAGUGGUGGCUGUGGGAGGGUCUGGGCUUGGUGCACCACGGCCCUGGCACUGACCCCUCAGGGUCUCUGAGAGCAUCUCCCUUGCAGAGGAGGCCCCUGGGGCACUUUAGCGUUUGCUAGGAGUUCACUCCCCAUCAGGUAAAAGGCUUCUUUUCCCUGUGAGCCUUCCCUGUUCUCUGCUGGAUCCCCACUUUGCCUCCAGGCAGGUUGGUGGUCUCUUUCACUGGGCAGUAGCAGCAACAGAAGCCACAUCUUUGCUGCCCCUGUUUGACAUCUUCUUCAGGAGAGAUCAGGUAGCUGCUGCUUUUUUCCAGUCCUUGCCUCAUUUUUAAUGGUUUGUGAAUGAUCCCACUAUGCCCUGCUUGACAUACUGAAAGGAGCUGUCUCCAGCAGAUGCUGAAGGUGCAUCCUCCAAAGAGCGUCAGGUCAGGCCAAAAAAGCACUUCUGAACACCCAGUAUUGGGAGUAACUUUAAAAAAUUUUGUUGCCAGGUUUGGGUGGCUGGUCCAGAGCUGUGCAAGGGGUCCAGUCACGGCGUGCGUUUCUGAAUGAGCCUGGAGAGCUCCACUCUGACCCUUCAGAUUCAGGGUGUCUGUGUGACCCCAGCAUGGGAGGCUCCAGCUUCCUCAGAGCUUUUCUUCACCGUUUUGUUCUCAGGAUUGUCCUCAGUGUGCUGCCUCCAGCAUUAAACCAUGGGGAGGGUGGUGGAAGGGAUUCCUCUCUGCAGUGUGCUCUCUAAUACAGCAUUGCUGCUGACACCUGGUAGUGGCCAGCUGAAGACCGAUGGUUUCCUGCAUCUACUUUUAGCAUUGUCUGCUGCUAUUGUUCACUUUUUGGAAAGGUUCAGCAGCUGGGAAUCAUUUCAGAGAGUCUGCCUUGCCAGAUCCAAGGAUAUGAGUCCCACUUGCCAUUGCCAGGCAGCUUUUAAUGGCUAGAUAGAAAAGCUUUUCUCACCCAAGAGAGAAGUCCCAGAUGGUAUUUGAGAAAGGCUGGAGAUGUGAGGCUUAGGCAGCCACUUGCACGGCCCUUGUGCUCUGAGAGCCCGAGUCUGCAGGGAGAUUUGUUGACACUGGUGGUUACAUCAGAGCUGGAGCCUGCUCAAGGAUGUGUGGCUGUAUCCCCUCAGCUCCCAGCUGAGCCAGGAAAGCGCUGCCUGGCAGGAGAUAACUGCUCCUGAGCCUGCUCCUGCACCACAGGGACCAGGGGAAUCACUAUCUCUUCCUCCUCUUAUACUGAACAAUCAAACCAGACAUGCCACUGCUUGGACCCAGUAUUUGGGAAAGAUGCUGAAUGGAGAGGUUUAGAAGGAAAAUUCCUGAGAUUAUCCUGCGAGCAGCAUUUUUCCAGCCCGGUGUUAGUCAGAGCUGAAUCAGAGGAGUCAGAUCCUCUUGGCCCUCUUGGCUCCCAGCCUUUCCAACCCAAGUGCCAGUUAAUACUAACACUGCAGUGAACUCGGGCUUGCUGUGAGCUGAAUCAAACACCCUGCCUCAGCCACAAAAUAAGCAGGAUAUUCUUUGGACUGGGGCAGAUCAGACACUGUGAAAACAUCGGAGCCCUGGCACACAGCUGAUGCCUCUGAAAAUGACAUGUCUUCCCAGUGUCUGAUUGCUUGUUUUGAGCUCUGCUGAUGAAGAUGGAUGCAGUCAGGGAAGCAGUCCCUGGUGAGCAACAAGGGAUAUAAAAUCAGAAGCCAUUUUCCACAACCUGAUGGUGAGUACUGUGCAGCUCCUGGCUCUAAAGAGAGCAAAGGCUGAGAAAUUUCUUGGUGUAGUCUCCUACCUGUUUGCUACAGGUCUGUGUCAGAGGUAAGGUUUCAAAAAAACUCCUUUGAGCUUUUAAUGGGGCAGAACAAAAACAUUUCUUUGCUACCUACACAGCAAUAGGAGAGCAAAUGCAUGCCACUGUCAAAAAACCAGUCCCUUCUUUUUAUUCCUGUGAAACCUUAUAUCAUCUGAGUAUAUAUUAUGACCAAACCUCACUGGUUGGAAUCUGGCUUUAUGGAGCACUAACACACAGUUGUGUCCACACUGUGAGAAAUGCUGUUUAUCUGCAAUGACCAUCCUGUGGUAUUACCUCUUGUUUAGUUCUUCCUCAAUCAUUCCAGCAGAGCCUAACGACUGGGUCUGCAGAUCAGGCUCUGUAAUAAUCACUAAUAAAUCCUGGCAUUUUAAUGGUGACUGCUGUACUUUGGGUGCACCUCUAAUAAUGUUUCUUUGAAAGAGCUCUGGCUUAUCCAAAGCUGAUGGUUAAUGCUGUUAAAAUGUCAGACACGUGCAGCCUGGUUCUAGCACAAAUUCCACGGCGGCGGCGCUGCUCUCUGAUAAUGUGCAUCAUUCCAAGUUAUAGCACUGCUAAGUGCAUUCCUCUCUUCCACUGCUCUCUAACAGCAUUUCAGCACCUGAUAGACUCUACCAAGCCCUGAGUCUAUGCUGUUUCCAGAGCUCAGGGCUGUCAAAUACACUCUACCAAAGCAAACAAACAUUUCCCUGGCAAAAUAUUUCCUGUAAAAUCUGGUCCUAGUGCUAUUUUUACUGCAAUCACUGGAUUACAUGUGUUUUGAACCUGUCAUUGUACUUUGAGCUGUGGCACCUUUAUGAACAGUACAGAUGUGUUUUACAUAUACACUACAAAAUUUGCACCAGAAUAAAUCCUGGCUUCUUCCAUUCUCUUUCUUGUGUUUUUGUUGUUGUUUAACAAGUGACAUGGAAAAUAGUGUUUGCUUUUGCUCUAAAGAAAUUGGGGUAGCCUGGAAUUGUUUUUCAGUGGUUUUUUUGUGUGUUGAACUAAACUGUGUGAUGCAUACAUUUAUCCAGUUUCAGCAGUGGGAUGUGACAUGACAGCUACAAAUAAAUGUCUUUGAUAUUCCCCAGACACUGGCUUAUAUGAUAAAACCUGAAGACUCCAAGGACUACAUGUGAAUUUUAAACAGUGCCUUAUGAAUACAGAAGUGGGUGUCCUUGCCUCCCUGUGAAUACACAUGUCCAUAAAUUGUCAUGAGCCCGGGGCAGAGCUGCAGAAUCAAUCAUUGGAGACCAGAGAGAAUCACAUUAAUUCUAACUUUGACUUUCAUGACACUGCUUGUUUGUUUUUGCUGGGGGUUGGCUACGGAAGAACCAAAAACAACAUUAGGUAGACUGGAUUCAAAAGCAGCUUUUGGUUUUGCAAGAAAAUUCUGAGCUGGCACACUACAUAGACAAUAUUUUCUCAGAUCUGAAAUCUAAGAAACUGCAUGCUUCAGGUUGGAAGUGUGAGUACAGUUUAUCUGGGGGUUACACAGAACACCACUGCUAAAAAUGUGUGGGUGUUUUGGGGGGAGAGAGGUGCCGCCCAAAGGUUACUCCACAAAAAUUUGUCACUCUGCAAACGCCUUCUCUGUUGUGUUUCAUUACUUUCUAGCACAUGUGAAUAUGCAGCCCUGGAGAGUCCUGACACUGGAUGUGUUUAUGCCACAUUCCUAAGGCGUUUUUGGUUACAGCUGGUGGCUGCUCUCUGAGUGUCUAUUUGGAUUCCCGAGUGGGUUGAUCCUAAACCAAACAAAGGUUGUCCAUACAGAGGAUUGAAGAUCCUGAAGAAUGGCUCUACCUACCUCCAAGAGUCUGGCUGGAAGUUUGGGGUUUUUUCUGUUCAUAGUCUCUUCAGUAAGCACAGCAGAAGCAGCUGUCACAUGUCCUGACAGAGAGCCCGAGUUAGAAGUCUGGAACCCGGGUCACAAUGAAGAAAACCGCGUUGAAAUCCGCAAGGGCAGGAAGCUGCUGCUCUCUUCUUCUGCGACUGUGCACUCCAUCCACAUCACUGAUGGAGGAAAAUUAGUGAUCAAAGACGAUGUGCAGCCCAUCAUUCUACGCACAAGACACAUACUCAUUGAAAAUGAUGGAGAGCUGCACAUUGGCAGUGAGCUGUGCCCUUACCAAGGCAAUGUGGUCAUCAUCUUAUAUGGGCGAGCGGAUGACGGCAGCCAGCCAAAUCCUUACUUUGGAAGGAAGUACCUUGGAGUCAGCAAAGGUGGCACUCUUGAGAUCCACGGAAAGAAAAAACUGUCCUGGACUUUCUUAAACAAGACUCUCCAUCCUGGUGGCAUGGAAGAAGGUGGAUAUUACUUCGAGAGGAGCUGGGGCCACCGAGGUGUCAUUGUCCAUGUUAUUGACCCAAAGACAGGGGCAGUUGUCCAUUCAGAUCGGUUUGAUACCUACAGAGCAAAAGAGGAAAGUGUCCGCCUGGCUCAGUACUUGGGGAGAGUUGCAAAUGGCAUGAUCCUGUCGGUCGCAGUGAAUGAUGAAGGAUCCAGAAACUUGGAUGACUUGGCCAGGAAAGCAAUGACCAAACUGGGCAGCAAGCAUUUCCUCCACCUUGGGUUUAGGCACCCAUGGAGUUUUAUUACCAUCAAAGGAAAUCCCUCCUCUUCUGUUGAAGACCACAUUGAAUAUCAAGGUCACAAAGGCUCAGCUGUGGCUAAAGUAUUCAAACUAUUCAAAGCUGAGAAUGGAGAACAUUUUAACGUCUCUUCAACCAGCGAGUGGGUUCAAGAUGUAGAAUGGACAGAGUGGUUUGAGAAGCCUGACAAAGCGAGAUCUAAGGACAUGGAGAAGCUGUCUGACUUCAAAGCUGCUCAUCCUGACAAAAUCUGCAGGCAGCCCAUUGACAUCCAGGCGAUGACUCUUGAUGGAGCAGAUUUAACCACAGAGGUUUUCUACAAGAGCGGCCACGAUUACCAAUUCCUGUGCCACGGCAAGGACCAGACAGGAGAGGGCUGCCACAACUACAGAGUCAGGUUCCUGUGUGGCAAAUCUGUGAAACCGAAGCUGACGGUCACCGUUGACACCAACGUGAACAGCACGAUCCUGAACCUGGCGGAUGAUGUGAGCUCCUGGGGACCUGGGGACAGGCUGGUGGUGGCCAGCACUGACUACUCCAUGUACCAGGCAGAGGAGUUCCAAGUGCUGCCCUGCAGAACCUGCAGACCCACCCAGGUCAAGGUGGCAGGGAAGGCCACAUACCUGCACAUGGGCGAGGAGGUCGACGGCGUGGACAUGCGGGCGGAGGUGGGGCUGCUGAGCCGCAACGUCCUGGUGAUGGGAGAGAUGGAGCAGCAGUGCUACGAGUACAGCAGCAAGCUCUGCUCCUUCUUUGAUUUCGACACCUUCGGGGGACACAUCAAGAUUGGUCUUGAUUUUAAGGCUACCCACAUUGAAGGUCUGGAACUGAAAUACAUGGGCCAGCAGACAAUGGGGCAUUACCCAAUUCAUUUCCAUAUGGCUGGAGAUGUGGAUGAGAAAGGAGGCUACAACCCUCCAACCUAUGUGAAGGACACCUCCAUCCACAACACCUUCUCCCGCUGUGUCACAGUCCAUGGCUCCAAUGGUUUACUGGUGAAGGAUGUGGUGGGAUAUGAUGCUCUGGGCCAUUGUUUUUUUACGGAGGAUGGACCAGAGGAGCGCAACACGUUUGAGCACUGCCUGGGGCUGCUGGUGAAGCCCAGCACUCUGCUCCCCUCCGACCGCGACAGCAGGAUGUGCAAGCUGAUCACAGAGGGAGCUUACCCAGGCUACAUCCCCAAGCCCAGGCAGGACUGCAGUGCUGUAUCCACCUUCUGGAUAGCCAACCCACACAACAACCUUAUAAACUGUGCAGCUGCUGGAUCUGAAGAAACAGGCUUUUGGUUUGUCCUGCACCACGUGCCCACAGGCCCCUCGGCAGGCAUGUAUUCCCCCGGCUACUCGGAGCACGUGCCCAUGGGGAAGUUCUCCAACAACCGCGCGCACUCCAACUACCGGGCUGGAAUGAUCAUCGAUAAUGGCGUUAAAACCACCCCAGCCUCUGCCAAGGACAAAAGACCUAUCCUGACACUGAUUUCUGGGAGGUACAGCCCACACAAGGAUGCUGAUCCUCUGAAGCCCAGGGAACCUGCAAUAAUUGAGGGCUUUAUUGCCUACAAGAAUCAGGAUCACGGGGCCUGGCUGCGAGGUGGAGAUGUGUGGCUGGACAACUGCCAGUUUGCUGACAAUGGCAUUGGGCUGACCUUGGCGAGCGGUGGCACCUUCCCUCAUGAUGAUGGCUCCAAGCAGGAGAUCAAGAACAGCCUGUUUGUGGGUGAGAGUGGAAACCUGGGCACGGAGACCAUGGACAAUGAGAUCUGGGGCCCUGGGGGCCUGGAUCACCGGGGAAGGACCCUGCCCAUCGGCCCGGAUUUCCCCAUCCGAGGGAUCCAGUUCUACGACGGGCCCAUCAACGUCCAGAACUGCACGUUCCGCAAGUUCGCGGCGCUGGACGGGCGGCACACGAGUGCCCUGGCCUUCCGCCUCAACAACGCCUGGCAGAGCUGCCCCAACAACAACGUCACCGCCAUCCGCUUCGAGGAUGUCCCCAUUACUUCAAGAGUCUUCUUCGGAGAACCUGGCCCGUGGUUCAAUGAUCUGGAUAUGGAUGGUGACAAAACAUCAGUUUUUCAUGAUGUAGAUGGUUCUGUAUCAGAAUACCCAGGCUCAUACCUGAUCAAAGAAGAUAACUGGUUAAUCAAGCACCCUGACUGCAUUGACGUGCCCGACUGGAGAGGCUCCAUCUGCAGUGGGCACUUUGCACAGAUAUACAUCCAAGCCUACAAGCCAGCCAACCUGAAAAUGAAAAUAAUAAAAAAUGACUACCACAAUCACCCACUCUACUUGGAAGGGGCUUUGAGCAAAAGCACUCAUUACCAGCAGUAUCAGCCAGUUGUAACUCUGAGGAAAGGCUACACCAUCCACUGGGACAAGACAGCCCCUGAAGAGCUGGCCAUAUGGCUCAUCAACUUCAACAAGAAUGACUGGAUCCAAGUAGGGUUUUGCUAUCCUAAAGGGACAACAUUUUCCAUUCUCUCAGACAUCCACAACCGUCUCUUGAAGAAAACAUACAAAACUGGAACCUUCUACAGAACCUCCCAAAUGGAGAAACUGGAGCACAGAUACCCUACCAAAGGGUACUACUACUGGGAUGAGGACACUGGGUUGCUGUUUCUGAAACUCAAAGCUCAAAAUGAGAAGGAGAAGUUUGCUUUCUGCUCUGUAAAGGGCUGUGAGCGAAUAAGAAUCAAAGCUGUGAUCCCAAAGACAGCUGGUGUCAGCGACUGUGAAGCCACAGCCUACCCCAAGUACAUUGAGACAUCAAUAGUGGAAGUGCCAAUGCCAAAGAAGCUCUCCAGUGCACAACUGAAGACCAAGGACCACCUCAUUGAAGUGAAAAUAGAAACUUACAAGAAACAGUACUUCCACCUGAGGGAUGACUUUGCAUACAUUGAGGUUGAUGGUGUCAGGUUUUUCCUCACUGAAGAGGGUAUCCAGCUGGUUGUGAUUGAUGGACACCAUGGAAAAGUUGUUGAUCGAGUAACAUUCAAAAACUCCAUUCUGCAAGGAAUCCCAGCACAGAUAGAGAAUUAUGUCAACAACAUCAAAGAUCACUCCAUAGUGCUGGUGACAUCUAAAGGAAGAUUCAUUUCAAGAGGACCAUGGACUAAAGUACUGGAGAAACUUGGAGCAGGAGAGGGUUUUAGGUUAAAAGAAAAAAUGGCUUUUGUCGGCUUCAAAGGCGGCUUCCGCCCCGUCUGGGUGAGGCUGGUCACCAGCGAGGACUCAGCUAAAAUCUACCAAGCACUGCCAAUUCCUGUGGUGAAGAAAAUGAAGUUGUGAGGACACCCUGCUGUGCCUGCUGGCCGCCAGCGCCGCCCCGUGGGACGGACGGACGGACGGAUGGACUACUGACCGCUCUGCACAGGCCUCACCUGUAGCAUUUUGUUGUUGUUGUUGCUGUUCAAAAAGAAACCUCACUGUAAGUAGUAGAGUGGCCACACGUGACAGAAGAGCCACGUGUGCUCGGGGCUGGCCAGCCCGGCUGGCUCUGGCGGGACUGAGCGAGGCCUGGGCUGUUUCUGCAGGCGCUGCUUCUGCCAGCGCUCCUGGCACAGACUGAUCUUGGUGCUGCCUCUUGAAGGGGAGCUCUUGGUCUGAAGGCCGUCAAGGGUUGUUGCUUCCACCAUCCUCUAAGUUGACUUUUCUGUAGUGCAGCUAGCUGCUCACGUAGACAUGGGAUGCCGGUUCAAAGACUGUUGACGAUCGGGUUUGAGUGAUUUCCUGGAUGCUGGGAAGUGCAACUGGACAGUAAGCAUUUCCCCCAAAGCUUCUCUGGGGUUUGAUCAAGCUCUUCGGGGUGUGUGCUGUACAUGCAGCCCACGACACAUAGUUGGGGAAGAAAUGACAGAAGGAGUGGACAAAACAUGCCAGCAGAGACUGAUGGAACCACCUAUUCCUGCUUCCUCAGAAAACUGCGUUUUUCCUAUGGAUCAAAGAGUUUUAAUAGUGGCUGUGCAAAUACGAAAUUUUCCUUCAACAAACAGCUGCAGGCUAGAGGAGAGCAAUGUAAAUUAGCACAUGUAUUUUGUCAGCCUUUCCCUCUGUAUUACAACAUGCAGGAUCAGUUUAUGGUUGCCAGCUAAUGCCAUCCCAGUUCAAGCCUUCCAAUUUUUGACUAGGAAUACUGGGACUCACCUUAUUCAGCAUCAAAUAGGGUGAGCUGCCUUCACGUUUCCCAGGACAUCAGAGGGAACAGGAUCAGAUUGCUCUGGUGUGUGUUGCUUUCUGAUCCUGUCUUCAGCCUUAAGAUAUUAUGUCUUGGUCCUCCUGUAAGAGUACAUGAGACCUGGAUGAGGUUUUUCCAGGUGGCUGAAGAAUUAAAGUGGGAAUCCCAAUGCACUAGUUGGAUGUCUUAUACCUCCUUUCCCCUUGCUUCAAACAAAGACCUGGCUAAUGAUGGCAGAUCAGAGUGGAUCAGGACUUUACAGGGGCAUCUCUUGAAGGUGGGAUGUUAACAUUUUAUUGUGAAACACUGAAAGCAUUUCUAGUGUUCAGUGGUAUUUCUGUCAGUUGCCCUAAAAUACCACACAGGCGUUUCUGGCUGUGGCUGUUCUAAGAAAUCUGAGGGCAGGGGGGAAGUGUGAAAGACAUCAUGACAAGCUUUUCAAAGAAUGUCAAUCUUGCCAGUAAGACUUGGGUUUAUUUCCCCAAUUUAUCUCUGCCUGUCCCCACUGCCACAUAAAUUAUUUCAAUUACUGAUGGCUACUUUGUUUAUUAAUUAGAUUUUUCUUUUUCCCCACAGUAUCAAAAAUGCUACCUUGAAAUUAGACUAAAAAGCAAGGAUUUUGUUUGUCAUUCUAAAGGCUGUGCAGAUACUGGUUUAGAUCAGUUGCUCUGAAUGUCAAAGCAAGCAUGAACAAAAUUUAGAUAUACUGUAGGUUACAUUCCACUCAAGCCUCUCCUGGGUUUUGAAACUGGAAAUGUUCUUUUCAUUCUUACUACAAAAUUGUUUUGAAUUCACUGAAUGUCACGUGUAUUGUAUUAAAAAAAAAAAAAAAAGAAAAAAAAAAAAAGCCAAGCAUUCCCUCCCAGCUUCCCAACAAGAGUCUGGUAAUGAAUGCUCCUUAGGCAUUUGUGAAUGGGCAACAUUUGUAAAAGGCAAAUGAGGUAGGUUGUUUAUUCCCCAAAAUUGUUAUGAUAGUUUGGGGAUUUUGCAAAUUAUUCCAUAAAAGAGUCAGUCUCACUGGUGUUUCAACCACGAUCAUCCAAAACGUUUAUCUGAUGUCCUGUGAUGGCCACAACAGUGCCAGAUCCAUGAAGUCAAGGGAUGAGACUAGCAGGAAUUGCCCUGGGUCUGUCAGUUUGGGUUGUCUAAACCUUUUCCCUGCCCUGGGCCAGAGCUAUUGAUUGCAUUAGUUUUGGUGGAACACACUUGCUUCCAGGAGAUGGACCAAAGCAGGAGUAUUUCCUUCAUGAGCACUUAGCAGGUGGUGGGCAGGAAAGCCAAGCACAUCUUGGGAUGUGCCUGGAGUGGGAUUUGCUUUGUACAAGCCUCAGUGCUGGGGUUGCCCUCUGCAGGGCUCCACUGGCCAUGGCCAUUUCCCCUCUCCUGCUCCCUCUAAGAGUGCAAACACCCAGGAGCACCCCACCAGGUGGGUCUGCCCCCUAAUCUGCUUUGUUCAGCUUCCAGGAGCAUGCUGCCUUUGUGCUGAAGUGUAGCUUCUGAUUUUGCUGUUUUGGGAAUUCUCAGGGUGAAAGCAUGGCUUGGCUCUAGGAAAAUCUUUUUUCUUUUCCUUUCCUAAAAAAUCUCACCUUAUUAAGAGAGACAACUUAAGCAGCUUGUCCUGUGAUGCUGAGCCUGGCACGUGGGGCCUGUUUUGGAGCUGGGAAGGGUCUCCCUGAAUAACUGCAGGGAAUCACACAGCCAGCAGAGCAUGGUGGCUGUGUGCAGGGAAAUGCCCAGGGCUCCUGCUGACCUGCACGGCCUGGAGCCAUCCAUGUGUCCUCUGGAGGCAGAAUGGAGCCUGGUGCCAUCCCCAGUCAGCAAGAGCUCUGUGCCAAGUAACUCCUGUUCAAUCUCUGACUGUUCUAGAAGCUGCAGUGCACACUCUGACCAGUGAAUUCCCAGCUCUCAUCCUCUGUUCAUCCCCUGCACGAGCUGUAGUGACCCUCUCUGUAAGGUUUUAUUACUGCAGAUGUUUCCAUGUUGCCAUUGGUGGAGUGGGGUUUUUUUUGGUUGCAUUUUGUUUGUUUGUCUCUUUGUUUGUUUGGAUGUUUGGGUUUUAUUGCCUCUGUUCAGUUGCUUGUUUUACCUGUCGCCGAAACAGCUGGUCCUUUUUCGGAGUUAGAUGUUUGUACAUUUUCUUAUAGACUUUCCAAUGAAAAUAAAAAGAUAUAUUUUCUAUUAAUUUAUUACAAUGGCACUAAGACAACUAAAUUGCAGACAUAUGAAGCAUUUUUACUGGAGUUGAGCAUUGUCCAGUUUGUUAAGGAGGUUGGCAAUGUGUCUUUUCUGAUAAUCUGCUUUGCACUUGAAAGCUCUCUAUGUCCACAGACCGUGGUGGUGCAUUGACUGUCGGGUUGAUGAUGACAAGAGCUCUUGGGACUUCGUUUCCAAAAGAUUGUGGCUUACAACUGAAAUAACACGUAGUUGUUUGGAGUACACAAUGUUUAUCAAAAUAAAUAUUCUGUGCAAAUUUCUUAUUUA